AGUGGUGACGCGGCGGGUCUCUAAUAAGGAUCCGCUCAGUCAGUAAAGCGCAGGUCAAACAGCAAUACACACUCAUCACACUGACACUUUAUUAUCAUCACCUAUACAACACUGAGACAUGGACUCGGACGAGGGCUAUAAUUAUGAGUUUGAUGAUGAAGAGGAGGAGGAAGAAGAGGAAGAGGAGUGCAGCGAGGACAGUGGCGAGGAAGAGGCCGAGGAUGACACACUGGACCUGGGCGAGGUGGAGCUGCUGGACCCCGCCAUGGCCGGAGGAGAGCCCGACGAUUGCGUUGACACCGGCGGCAGCGGCGGCGAAGGCGGCCUGGGGCCUGGCCAGGAGGACGAGGACUACCGCUUUGAGGUGCUGACCACCGAGCAGAUCCUCCAGCACAUGGUGGAGUGCAUCAGGGAGGUUAACGAGGUCAUACAGAACCCAGCUACGAUAACCAGAAUACUCCUCAGUCACUUCAACUGGGACAAAGAGAAGCUUAUGGAGAGGUACUUUGAUGGGAAUCUGGACAAGUUGUUUACAGAGUGCCACGUCAUAAACCCCAGUAAAAAGGCCAAAAUGCGACCAAUGAGCACACGGUCCUCCAGUCAGGAUUUGCCCUGCCAGAUCUGCUAUCUCAACUAUCCAAACUCGUAUUUCACAGGUCUCGAGUGUGGACACAAGUUCUGCAUGCAGUGCUGGGGUGACUAUUUAACUACCAAAAUCAUUGAGGAAGGGAUGGGACAGACCAUCUCGUGUCCUGCUCACAACUGUGACAUUUUGGUUGACGAUAACACUGUAAUGCGACUAAUCACAGAUUCUAAAGUGAAAUUGAAGUAUCAGCAUUUAAUCACAAAUAGUUUUGUAGAGUGUAACAGACUGUUGAAAUGGUGUCCAGCUCCUGACUGCCACCAUGUGGUCAAAGUUCAGUAUCCUGAUGCCAAACCAGUUCGCUGCAAAUGCGGGAGACAGUUCUGUUUCAAUUGUGGAGAGAACUGGCAUGACCCUGUUAAAUGCAAGUGGUUGAGGAAGUGGAUAAAGAAGUGUGAUGAUGACAGUGAAACAUCCAACUGGAUUGCAGCAAAUACCAAGGAAUGUCCCAAAUGUCAUGUGACCAUUGAAAAAGAUGGUGGCUGUAAUCACAUGGUGUGUCGAAACCAGAAUUGUAAAGCAGAGUUCUGCUGGGUUUGUCUCGGCCCUUGGGAGCCCCAUGGCUCUGCUUGGUACAACUGCAAUCGCUACAAUGAAGAUGAUGCAAAAGCAGCCAGAGAUGCUCAGGAGCGUUCGCGUGCAGCCCUGCAGCGCUACCUCUUCUACUGCAACCGCUACAUGAACCACAUGCAGAGUCUGCGCUUCGAGCACAAGUUGUACGCACAGGUGAAGCAGAAGAUGGAGGAGAUGCAGCAACACAACAUGUCGUGGAUCGAGGUGCAGUUCCUGAAGAAGGCCGUGGACGUGCUGUGCCAGUGUCGGUCCACGCUUAUGUUCACCUACGUCUUCGCCUUCUACCUCAAAAAGAACAACCAGUCCAUUAUCUUCGAGAACAAUCAAGCUGAUUUGGAGAACGCUACAGAGGUGCUUUCGGGUUAUCUAGAGAGAGAUAUCUCCCAGGAUUCUUUGCAAGAUAUCAAACAGAAAGUUCAGGAUAAGUAUAGAUACUGUGAGAGUCGGCGACGAGUGCUGCUACAGCACGUUCAUGAGGGCUAUGAGAAAGACUUGUGGGAGUACAUUGAAGACUGAGCAGAACUGCUGCAUCACAAAGCGUAUUGGAGCAUAUAAAAGCAGCCAAGUGCUUUGGUGUCGGCCAUCACCGCAGCCCCUCUCCAUCCUUUUUACGUGGCAUCUGGAUUUUUGUUAUUAUUUAGAGUUUAAGUUAAUUUUACUGAAAUGAAAAGGUAGAAUAUUCAAAUAAAACUCCUACGUCAGUAUUGCAGUCUGUAAGAGUUGAUUGCCGACACGGCAUGGAAAUGUAUUCCGUUCUCCAUGCUUUCCAUGGAGAUUCUUCAGUAGUCUCUUUUUAUUUUUUAAGUGCUUUUUGUCUGUUUUUAUAGUUCAGAUUGGCUUGUCUUAAGCAUAGCUUUACAGGCCUGAGCCAUGCGGAGUGUGUUGUGUUUUGCUUGGUUGGGUGGCUUUGUGUUUUGGGCGGAAGUGUGUAUUUCAGGCUGUAAAUAGCACACUUGCAUGGAACAUGGAAUAUGGGAUGCAUCUUUUUUUGUUUGUUUGUUUGUUUGUUUGUUUGUUUGUUUGUUUUUUGAAAAAUAUUUAUUCUUUACAGAUAUCCAAGAAUGUGUUUAAACAACAUGAGAAGAGGCCAUGUGACAGUUUUGCCUCAUGUUUGUUAAAAACCUUUCCAGAACGUUGCACACUCAAAUCAGAGGCAUAGUAACAGACAGCAGCCUUAAAUACAUGCAUAUAUACAGUGGAUAAAAAGUAGAAUUGGGUGAAUCUCACACAGAAAUAUCUGGGUCAUAUUUAACCCUGAAAUAAAUUAUAUUUUGCAUAAAGGAAAUAUAGCCUGUUUUUAGAACUAGUAGGUUUUUUUUUUUUUUUUUACACAUUAUAACAAUUACGCUCCAUUAAUGUUGUGACAAUUAAUUAAAUUCAUGAAAAUUAAACCUCAAAUUCUCAUUACCUUAAAGGAUUAGUUCACUCUAGAAUUCAAAUUUGCUGAUAAUUUACUCCACCCCCAUGUCAUCCAAGAUGUUUGUCUUUCUUUAGUCGAAAAGAAAUGAAGGUUUUUGAGGAAAACAUUCCAGGAUUUUUCUCCAUAUAGUGGACUUCACUGGGGAUCAACGGGUUGAAGGUCCAAAUGUCAGUUUCAGUGCAGCUUCAAAGAGCUCUACAUGAUCCCAGAUGAGGAAUAAGGGUCUUACCUAGUGAAACAAUCGGUCAUUUCCUAAAAAAAAUAAUAAAAAUUGUAUACUUUUUAACCACAAAUACUCAUCUUGCACUGCUCUGCGAUGCGCCACACAUUACGUAAUCACAUUGGAAAGGUCACGCGUGACGUAGGCGGAAGUACCGUAGGCGGAGAAGUUUCUCCUCCAACUUCAAAAUCGUCCAACAUCGUUGUUUUACCUUUUUUUGUAAAGGGGUUUGACUUAGUCUUUGCACGUUCACUUUGUAGACACUGGGUCGGUACUUCUGCCUACGUCACGCGUGACUUUUCCAACGUGAUUACGUAAUGCGUGGCGCAUCGCAAAGCGAGUGCAAGACGAGCAUUUGUGGUUAAAGUAUAUAAUUUUUUACUUUUUUAAAAAAAAAAAGACCCUAGAUAAGACCCUUAUUCCUCGUCUGGGAUCGUGUAGAGCUCUUUGAAGCUGCACUGAAACUGACAUUUGGACCUUCAACCCAUUGAACCCCAGUGAAGUCCACUAUAUGGAGAAAAAUCCUGGAAUGUUUUCCUCAAAAACCAUAAUUUCUUUUCAACCGAAGAAAGAAAGACAUAAACCUCUUGGAUGACAUGGGGGUGAGUAAAUUAUCAGGAUAUUUUAUUUCUGAAGUGAACUAAUCCUUUAAUGCAAAACAACUUAUUAAUUUGGGUAUUACAAUAAUAAUAAAUAAAGUCUUAUUGAUUUAUUUAAAUAUCAGCAUAAAUUCAGUACAGCAGUUCUACUAUGAUUUAUAUUACAAUAUUUUUUUUUACAUUAUAAUAAUGAGAAUUAUUGAGGUUUAAUUGUUGUGAAAAUGUCAGAGCAAAAAAAUAAUACUCAAAAUGUAGUAUUUAUUAUAUAGUAUUUUUAUUUUUUAUAUAUAUAUAUAUAUAUAUAUAUAUAUAUAUAUAUAUAUAUAUAUAUAUAUAUAUAUAUAUAUAUAUAUAUAUAUAUAUAUAUAUAUAUAUAGUAUUUUUUUUUUUUUUUUUUUGUGGUGAAAUAUGACCCAGAAAUGUUCUUGACCAUUUACAUGAAAUUCAACAAAUUGCUGUCAUUGUCAAAUGCAGUUCUGGAAGUGAACCUUUUAGAUGUUUGGUUUUGAGCGAAGACCGACUGGAACAAACACUCACACCUUUUUAUGAACCAUCAUCGUCGUCUUAGUUGAUCAUUUAUCUCUUUAAAACAGCUGUUAUAUCGAACACGCACACUACCAGAUGUUCCAUGAGAGCAAACUUGAGUGACAUUCACUCACUAACAACUAAAGUCUCAAAUGCUUUUACCUGUUUUUCCUUUCAUUUUCUUUUUAAACGUAUGCACCUUUUGCAGUGUGAGAGGAGGCCGAUGGUAUAUUGAAAGCACUGUUGUAUUUCUUUACGUGACUGCCAAGUGGUUAUGAGGCUUACUGGUACUGACUAUCAAGCACUAUAACUGAAGCCUUGCCUAGAUAGUCAAGCCUGGCUGUUAAGAACAAAAAGUUGGCCUUUUCUGUUAAACUUAAAGGGCAAAUAUGAGCGCUGUGUUUACACUAAUGUCAGAAAUGGCAAGAGACAUCAAGUUCAGUACAGAAUGUGAGCAGAUGUGACACCUGUUGUUUUGAAUUUUUUCUGUAAGAGCUUCACUGAUUUACUUCCUUUAGGUCAUUACUUCACACCAUUUGAACGCACGGUAAUCGUUCUCAGUGCAUCAAACAUGUCUGCAUCUGAAUUCGGUUUGUACGGUAGUUUACAGCAGCUUCUACUAAUUCUAAUGUCACAUUUUAUGGACUCCAUGAUUGGCACCUGGAGUUUGUGCUCAUGUUUUAUUAAACCCUCAUUGGGGGGGAACACAAAUUGAGGAACAGCAAUGUUGCCUGUGCUGACAGAUGAGAUUUCUUCACCAAAGUGUGAAUAUAUGAAUUAAAAAUGAACAGUCUCUGAUUUAGAGAAAUGUUCAUCUACGGUGGCUUUCCUGUGUUAUAACCAUUCUUAUAAAAAUGUCCUAUUUAAAUAAAUCUCAUUCAAAUGUA